GGGGCCCGGACCGGACUGCUGCUCCAAGUGUCGCAGCGCCCCGCGACGCCACGCGACCCUGCACGACGCCGACCACGCAGAGCGUCGCAGAGCGUCGCGGCGCCUCGGAGUGCGUCUGUGUGCGACAGUGUGCGUGCGCGUGUGUGUGUGGCACACUGUGUGCGCGCGAGUGAGUGUGAGAGUGUGUGCCGCCGGCGCUGCACCGCGGCGGGGUUGAGGUUGGGCACCACGGAGUAAAGGCCCUCAGGCCCGCGCUGCCUAUGAGUCCCCCCCGCCCCCAUGUGCGGCCUAGGGUAUAGGACACGGAACAGCCCCUCUCAGAAGACCUCCCUUCGCUGGGGCGACUGCUGCCACUGGGCCGCUCCGACCGCCGCCGCGCCCCCCGCGCCCCCCGCGCAACGAACCGACUGACUCACACAGCGGCGAAGCGGCAGCGCACAUUAGGCUUAGAGAAACAAUAUUAGCUUGUCCUAGGUUUAAAUGAUAUAUAAUUAUUGAGUGAGAGCGAGAGGGCGUGUUUGUUGCUACAGUCAUAAGAAAUAUUGUAAAUCGAUAGAAUCUUGUUGUGUUCAAAGGAUAUAAUUGUUAUUUUUAAAUAAUAUAUAUUAGAGAAGACGAGUUAUUUUUUACGGACUAGUGAAGAAGAAAAAACUGUGAGACCGUGUGAGUGGCAAGUUUGGUGCGAACUCAUCGCAUCGCAUCGCACCGGGGGAUCAUCGUCCUUUUCUCUCACCUCAAGGACCUUCGCGGGUAGCAGAAGCAGCCAUGGAUUUCAACAUCGCGGGCUUCAUCAGCAUCGUGCUCUUCUACAUCCUCAUCCUGGCCGUGGGCAUCUGGGCCGGGCGCAAGAAGGAGGCGGGCAACAACUCGGAGGAUGAGGUCAUGCUGGCGGGCAGGAGCAUCGGCCUGUUCGUCGGCAUCUUCACCAUGACGGCGACCUGGGUCGGCGGGGGCUACAUCAACGGCACGGCCGAGGCCAUCUACAGCCACGGCCUGGUGUGGUGCCAGGCGCCCUUCGGCUACGCCCUCAGCCUCGUCUUCGGCGGGCUGUUCUUCGCAAACCAGAUGCGGGCGCAGGGCUACGUCACCAUGCUGGACCCGCUGCAGGACUCGUUCGGCUCCAGGAUGGGCGGGCUCCUGUUCCUGCCCGCCCUGUGCGGGGAGGUGUUCUGGGCGGCAGGCAUCCUAGCGGCGCUAGGAGCCACGCUCUCCGUCAUCAUCAACAUGGAGCAGUCCACGUCAGUCAUCCUGUCGGCCUGCAUCGCCGUGCUCUACACGCUGUUCGGCGGCCUGUACAGCGUCGCCUACACCGACGUCAUCCAGCUCUUCUGCAUCUUCAUCGGCCUGUGGAUGUGCAUCCCGUUCGCCAUGAUGAACCCCAUCGUGGGCUCCCUGAAGGACGUGGAGCACGACUGGAUCGGGCACGUGGACGGCAAGGACAUCCCCUCGUACAUCGACUACGGGCUGCUGCUCAUCUUCGGCGGCAUCCCCUGGCAGGUGUACUUCCAGCGCGUGCUGUCCAGCAAGACGGCCUCCAGGGCGCAGGUGCUGUCGUACGUGGCGGCCAUCGGCUGCUUCGGCAUGGCCAUCCCCCCGGUCAUGAUCGGCGCCAUCGCCAAGGCCACGCCCUGGAACGAGACCGGGUACAGCGGGCCGUGGCCGCUCACGGAGUCCGAGACGGCCAUGAUCCUGCCCAUGGUGCUGCAGUACCUCACGCCCGACUUCGUGUCCUUCUUCGGGCUGGGGGCCGUGUCCGCGGCCGUCAUGUCGUCUGCGGACUCCUCGGUGCUCUCGGCCAGCUCCAUGUUCGCCCGGAACGUGUACAAGCUCAUCUUCAGGCAGCGGGCUUCCGAAAUGGAAAUCAUCUGGGUGAUGCGAGUAGGCAUCUUAGUGGUCGGCGUGAUGGCGACUGUCAUGGCCCUCACCAUCCCCUCCAUCUACGGAUUGUGGUCCAUGUGCUCCGACUUGGUGUACGUGAUCCUGUUCCCGCAGCUGCUCAUGGUGGUGCACUUCCCGCACCACUGCAACACGUACGGGUCGCUGGUGGCGUACAUCGUGGCGCUGGUGGUGCGGCUGUCGGGCGGCGAGCCCAUCAUGGGCUUCCCCGCCUGGAUCCACUUCCCCGGCUGGGACGAGGAGAACCAGAAGCAGCUGUUCCCGUUCCGCACCUUGGCCAUGCUGCUGUCCCUCCUCACGCUGUACAGCGUCACCCGCCUGUCCAAGUGGCUGUUCGAGGAAGGCCGCCUGGCGCCGGGCUACGACCUGUUCAAGUGCGUGGUCAACAUCCCGGAGGACGCGCAGCGCGUGGGCGAGCCGCUGGAGGGCGAGCUGUCCAUGAUGACGACGGGCGCCAUGGGGCAGAUGUACGGCGCCGCCACCAUGGUGGGCCCCGACGAGCGCAACGGCCGCUUCAACCCGGCCCUGGACCUGGACGACGACGGCGACGCCACGGAGCUGGAGAUGCUGCGCAAGGGGUCCCGGGGCGGCGGCGGUCGCGGCAACGUGCCCGGUGGCGUGGUGCCCGCACCGUCCGGGCCGCGCGGCGACACCGGCUUCUAGGCCUUUGCGGCCUGCUUGUAGAUGGAAAAAGCGUCUUCCGAACGACGAGGAAACGCCCACGGGCCGGCCCCCGUGGGUCUGCAAAAAGUACAAAAUGGCUUCGUAAGCUUGAGGGGGUUAUUGUAAACGCACUC